AUGGGGGGUGGUCUAUUUAUUUUUAGAUAUAUUAAAAAUAUAUAUCGAAAUUACAAUUGUUUAAUCAUGAAUACAUUCACAAAUGAUGGUAGUUUUAUGGAACAAUUUCUAAAAAGACAAAGAUUAGCAAAUGAAGACUCAGAGGAUCAACAACAACAACAACAGCAGCAACAACAAAGUGGAUAUGACCAAAAUAAUUCAUAUUAUGGUGGAUCAUAUGAUCAAAAUUCAUACUAUGGACAACAACAACAACAACAACAACAACAGCAACAACAACCACCACCACCACCACCUCCACCAGGUGAAGAACAGUGGGGUCAGAAUCCAUAUGGUGGUGGAUUUUCACAACAACAACAACCACCACCACCACCACAUCAUCAUCACCAACAACAACAAUAUCACCACCAACAACAGCAUCAACAACAUCAACAACAACAACAACAAGGUGGAUACAUGGGAGGAAAUGGACCAAAUCAAAUGGCGCCACACUAUCAAAAUAAAGGUGCAGGUGGACAAUUGGAACCAACAAAAAUCGUUUGGGCAGGUAAUAUUAAUCCAGAAUCAACAGAAGAAGAAGUACGUCAUUUAUUUUCACAAUUUGGAUACCUUCAAGCUAUUAAAAUCAUACCAAAUAAACAAUGUGCUUUCAUUACUUUUGCAGAUGUAAAUUGUGCAAUUCAAGCUCAAUUUAAUUUAAAUGGUACAAUAUUUAGAGGUUUACCUUUAAAACUUGGUUUUGGUAAAGUUGAAAAUGCACCACAAGCAAAUUUUGGAGGUGGUAGAUUUGAUCAAUAUAAUAAACCACAUCAAGAAGAAACACCAACUAAAAAUUUAUGGUUAGGUAAUGUAAAUUCAAAUGUUUCAUACGAAUUAUUAAAACAAAUUUUUGAUCAAUUUGGAAAUGUAGAUACAAUUCGUAUUUUACAUGGUAGAGGUUGUGCAUUUGUAAAUUUCUUUACAGUUGAAUCUGCUGCAGCCGCAAGAAAUGGUUUAAAUGGUACAAUGGUAUGUGGAAUGCCAUUGAAAAUUAAUUUUAGAAAAGAGGAAGAUUCUAGACAUAUAAGUGGAUUUAGAGGUGGUGAUAGAGAUAGUAGUGGUAAUGAAGGUGGAUUUAGAGGUGGUCCUCCAGGUAAUAUUGGUGGUGGUGGUAGUGGAGAAGGUGGAUAUAGAGGUGAUAUGAAUAAUAGAGAUAGUAGAGAAAGAGGUGGAGGUGGAGGUGGUGGUGGUGGUGGUAGUAGUGAUGGUAGACCACCAAGACCAUUCAGAGAAAAUCAAAUCCCAUUACCAGCACCACCACCACAAUCACCACAAGAACAACAAAUCAUUGAUAAACUUGCGGAAUAUGUAGCAAGAACAGGACCACGUUUUGAAACUUUUACAUUUGAAAAACAAAGAAAUAAUCCAUUAUUUUCAUUCUUAAAACCACGUUCACCCGCAAAUGAUUAUUAUAAAUGGAAACUAUGGACAAUUAGAAAUCCUGAUACUCAUUCAUCAAAUAAUGAUACAAAUAAUGAGACUCAAUCACCAUCAAAUCAACAAGAAAAUCAACAACAACAACAACAACAACAACCACAACAACCACCACAACAAGAAAAUCAACAACAACAACAACAAAUUAAUUACCCAUCAUCAUUUUUAAAUGAAAAUGAAGUUAAAGAAUUUAAAGAUAUUUUAGAAAAAUUAACACCAAGUAAACCAUCAGUUACAAAUUGUAAGAAUUGGAUAAUGUCACAUACAGAGAAUUCGUUAGAGAUAAUAUCGAUAAUAGUUGUAAACUUUCAAACGAUAUCAUUAACAUUUGCACAGAAAUUGAAUAUACUACAUGUGUUAAAUGAUUGUUUACAUAAUAGUGUCACCAAAAGAAGUUCUCCAAAUGAUUGGAUGUCUGAUGAUUUCGCUAGAUCAAUUAAAGAUUAUUUACCAUUUAUCAUUGGUAGUACAGGUAGUGGUGAAUCACCUGAUAAUCAAGAGAAAGUUUUAAAAGUUUUAUCAAUUUGGGAUAAUCAAAAAUUUUAUCCAAAAGAUUUCAUUGAAUCUUUAAGAAGUGAUGUAACUGAUAAUGAAGAUUCUCAAUAA